GGUCUGAACCGUUUUAUUCCUCUCGGGUAGCAUGCCUUCGGGCUCCAGUUGGCUCGGUUCUGGCUCGGUUCUGGGGGUUGUUGGCGGAAGCAGCUCGGGUUUGUCCGUUAAAAUGGCUCCUCCUGGACUCUGGGAGCUGGCCGCCUGGCUCGCUGUGUGUCUGGUGACUUCAGGGACCGCUGGAGGCGCUCGGCUCUCAGGUCAGAGAGUUCGGCUGUGAGAUGAAGAACCCCGUCAGUCAGGAGAGCAGCCGCUCCGUCCCCAACCCGACCACAACCGUUUCAGGCAGGAGCCUGCGGGUCUGGAGCGGCGUGACGGUGUUCGUGUGUCUGCUGGCGGGGGUGCUGCUGCUCGUCGCCCUCCACAGGUUAAAAACAGGAGUCUGCUUCUAUAAUAAAGCGUCCAUGCCCUGGGAGGGAGACUUUUGGAGGAAGAGCGAUGGGCAACAGACGGACAUAUCCAAAGGGUCGUCCACUCUUCAGCCGAAGGAGCAGCCAGACGAAGAAACCCCGAUGACGAACUGA